CAGAAUAAAACACACCCAGCAGAGGCGCAACCACGGCACCACUUCACUAGAUAUCAUUUUGCGAAUUUAUUUUCCUCUUCCGAGAUCACGCUCAACUAAACUUGCCGCGUGUUUGCCUGAGACAGGACAAGCUUCUGUAAGACCCUUAUUCCUGGCGAUCCCUUCCUGGAAGAAGAGCUUUAUUUCCGUGAGGUUUUAAAAUGAGUGCUUUAUUCAGCAGUCUGGUGGCAACAUUGUUUCUGCUCCUGGUUUUAAGGGUGGAACAGAUCGCCGAAGCGUGCAGCUGUGCCCCGAACCAUCCCCAGCAAGCUUUCUGUAAUGCAGAUGUAGUGAUAAGGGCGAAAGUGGUUGCAAGUAAAGCAGUGAUUUCUGGGAAUGACAUCUAUGGAAAUCCCAUCCAGAAACUCCAGUAUGAGAUCAAACAGAUAAAGAUGUUUAAAGGACCAGAGCACAACAUUGAAUAUAUUUUCACUGCCACUUCUUCAGCGGUAUGUGGAGUCAUGCUUGAAACAAGUGGGAAAAAAGAAUACCUAAUUACAGGUAAACUGGGCGAAGAUGGAACUAUGUUAAUUACACUCUGUGAUUUUAUUAAGCAAUGGGACAUGCUGACUCCCACACAGAAGAAAAGCUUGAAUCAGAGAUAUCAAAUGGGGUGUGAUUGUAAGAUUGUCAGGUGUCCAUCGAUUCCUUGCUACAUUACCUCUCGAAGUGAGUGCCUGUGGACAGACUGGGUGACCGGGAAAAGCAUUAAUGGACGUCAGUCCAAGCACUAUUCUUGCGUUAAGAGGAGCGAUGACUCCUGUGCAUGGUACCGAGGUGUAAAUCAGCCCAAGAAAGAGUUUCUGGAUGUAGAGGAUCCAUAAUUUUAUUCCAUCAAACUCUCUACUCAUCCGAAAAUUUACGUAUAAGUGUUGUCUAUAAUAUGAAAAAUGUAACCCAAAUUUCUUCUGUCCAAUAUAGCAGGUCUGUUUGCUUACUGUUUGGUGUUACCUGUAUGUAACAUGGCAUAUACUUCUCUUGCAUUUUGGCAUCAGCUGUACAGUGUGCAUUUCUCUGACUAGAAUUUGAAAUGCACUUUGGUUUGUUUUAGAAAGCUGCAGCAUUGAAAUUAUUUGGUAUAGUCUGUGUUAAAUAUGAGGAUUGACUCCUCCACUUAUUUGUAAGUAUUUUUAACCCUUGAAGGCCUAGAGUAGUGCAUUUGCAUUCAUGUCCAGAAAUAACAUUCUUCCCUAUUUUAUUUAGGAAGUGCUGUUGUUUUUGAGAAUUGCAGACUCUAUUCUUGAUCUAAUUUAAUAAGUCUGCCAUGAUAACGUAAUAUUGCAAUUUUAGACUUUGCAUGAAAUAUAUGUCGCAAGCUGAAAGGUAAUCAAUGCUGAAAGAGUUUGAAUAUUUAUUCCUUUUGCAAUGAUAUAACUCUUCCUCCUUCCAUAAUGGUUGUCAUUGUAACAAACAACAGUAAAAUAUUAACCCACUAUGAGCCAUGAUAUUGAUUAUCAUUAAGGCCUUAACUGUAAUGAGUAUUGUGAUCAUCUAUAGCUUUUGAUUCUUAAACUUUUUUGUGUUCAUCAAGAGAUGUUUAUAUUGGGAAUGGAACUCUUGUCAUUUCUAGGCACCCAACAUUUGUUUCCAGCACUUUGUGCAGAUAAUGCUGCCAGAUACAGAUUAAACCUUUCUCUUCCUUUUCCCAGCCCACAACAAUAAUUAACAUUGCAUGUGUAACAUAUAAAACAACCCACAACACUUGUGUGGAAUGUUAUUAGACAACUUAACAUGAUUCUCACAGGAGACAGGUGACCAAAACUUGGUUUUAAGGAUUGUUGUAAUGAAUGGAGAUAGUUCGAGAGAAGCAGAAAGGCUUAGGCUUAAGGUGGGUAUUCCAGAGCCAUGUUUGUUACACCAGUGUGAUGUCAUUUUUUUUUUAAUAUCUCUCUCCAAGCAAGAUUUACAAUUAGCUGACAUGAAAACAGCUUUAUUUUUAAGACCCAUAACAGCUGAGAACAGCAUUAUAACAGCGCAAUUAUAACAUUAUAACAAGAAUCCUUACCCUCAAUAGAGAAAGCAGACAUUCAUCCCAACAAUUCAGUUUGCCCUCCAUCAUAAAGUUGGACGUAGGAAUGGUUGCUGAUGACUUCACAGUGCUCAGCACCAUCUACAACUCCUCAGAUACUGAAACUGUCCAUGUCCAUACGCAGCAAGACUUUGACAGCAUACAUUCUUGGGCUGAUAAGUGGCAAGUAUCAUUCACACGAUUCAAGUGCCAAGCAAUAAACGUCUCCAACAAGAGAGCUCCAACCAUCACCCCUUGACAUUCAAUGACACUACCAUAAUUGAAUUUCACUGCUAUCAACAUCCUGGAGGUUACCAUUGACCAGAAACUGAACUGGUCCAGCCACAUAAAUACUGUGCCAACAAAAACAAAUCCAAAGCUUGGAUUCUGAAUAACUUCCUUCCUGAUUCCCCAAACCCUGUUCACUAUUAAAUGGCAAAAAUUAGGAGUGUCAUGGACUACUCUCAACUUAACUGGAUGAGUGCAGCUCCAGUAGUGCUCAGGAAGCUUGACACCAUCAGACAGAGCAGCCCACUGGAUUGGCACCAUAACCAUCACUUUAACAUUUUCUCCCUUCACCACCAUCAUAGAGUGGCAGCUCUGUGUACAAUCUGCAAGCUGCACUGCAGCAAUGCAACGAGAUUCCUUCCACAGCACACACUUUUUAUAAAAAAAAAAUCCCUACUAUUGUUCAGCCAAAAUCCUAGAAGUCUCUUCCUCACAGCUCUGUCAGUGUAUGUGAACUACAUAUGGAUUGCAGCAGUUCAAGAAGGCAGCUCACCAGGCCUUCUCCAGGACAAUUAAUGCUGGCCUAAUCAGUGACACCUACAUACCAUGAAAACAUUUUAAGAAAACCUUGAAUCUAUUAGAGUAGAUGUCUAAUCCACUCUAGUGAUUAGUUGUUCUUUUCUUUCUCAUUAUUACAUAAUGUUUUCGAAUCAAACUUUGGUUAAACGUUGCCAUCCUGCAGAGUUACUUUGUCUGGUAGUAUAAUUGAUAAAUAGAUGAAAGAAAUGUUGCCCUUGGAAUUGUUAAAAGAUAGGCAGUUUAUAAUUUGUUGCUUCUUUUUUUUGCAUAUUGUAAUUCAGUUAAAAGCAAAUCUGUAAUCUGUAAAGUUCAGAAAUUACUCAACCACUUAUUUAAAAUGAUAGAAGCAUUGAAAAGAUUAGGUAAAAUGAGACUCUUUCUUCUUCUUGUCUUAAAAUAUUGGGCCAGAUCUUCUGAUGUCAGCAUCAUGGACAUUGAGAUACUUGCCACUGUUGCAUAUCAAGACCUUUUGAAAGUCCUGAUCCACAUGCAUAUUACACUGCCGUUUUGUGUGAGCUCACCCAGACACACAGACUAAUAUUCUGCUGUUAUUGAAUUCUGGCAUAAGUUAAUUAGUAAAAGCAGAGCCGACUCUACCACCAGCUGCUCCAUCACACCUGAUUAACCAAACACCCAAUCAGUUACUCAGUGAUCUCAUGAUUAAGAGACUUGAGACCUUAAAACUUACCUCAACGCAACAGUUGGUGUGCAGAAAAAUGGAGUGCUCCUCAUCGUCGUCGUUCUUUGCGGAUGGCUAUGGUGAGAGAUUGCUACUAGACAGAAAGACACAGAUGCAAAGAUCCAAAAGGUAGGGGAUAAAAUGACCCUUGCAGUCAGCAACAAUUGCUCCAGUGUCACUGCUGACUGGAAGACCUGACCCAUUAUUAUUUUUAUUCAAGAGUAAAUAUUCAAAGUACUUCUUUACAUAGGUUAUGAAAAUCUGAAACACUUUCCCCAAAUGUCUGUGAAUUGGGGUAACUUGAAGAUUCUGAGAUGGAGAUUAAUAAUUUUUUGUUAGCAAUGGAAAUGGAGGAUGGAGGGCAUGGGGAAACUGCAGAUGAAUAGUUUUGAGGCACAGGUUAUCCAUUAUACUUAAUGCCAGAAGAGAGAGGUUCAAGGAUCUAAAUCUGCUAUUUGUAGUCCUUUGAUUUCUUUCACUUAAAUGAUCCAUCGUAAUGCAAUAAAUUGCUUGAUGCACUAGGUUAGUUUUUGAAUAAUAGUCUUUGUUUUUUAUUAGUUAUCGAAAUAUAUUCUUUCACUUUACCGACAAAAUCCAAGUUAUUUUUUGGUUAGCCCAGUGCUCUAUUAAAAACAAUUACAGUGUUAAUGGCAUUUCAGUAAAUGCUGGUGAUAAACCAUUAAUGUAUUUUGGUGGAGUUGCCAAUAAUCAUAUCUAAAUAGAUUUUAAUUAGUGUGAUUAGAGUUAGUUAUUGAGCCUUCUUUGUGUAAUUUUUAAAUCUCCAAGGCAAGGUAGCAUCAGAGUUUUAGGGUUUUACUAUAUAGCUUUUUAAAGUUGGAUAGCAAGGAGCAAUUUUGCAGAUGCUGGAAAUCUGAAAUGAAAAUACAAAAUGUUAGAAACACACAACACACUCAGCAGCAGCAUCUGUGAAGAGAAGGAGGAAGAUACCAGUUUAACAACCUUUCUUACACAUGUGCAGACCUGAUGAAGAUAGGAUGAGGCCUAUCUUCCUUGAUACACAGAUGCUGCCUGGCCUGUUGAGCUUACAGGAUUUUUGGUUUCCACAAAAUAAAUUGGUAUUUUGUAAAAGAUCAGAAACUGGACAAAAUACCUUUGUUUUGCAGUUGAGUAUUCCCUUUUGAACUGUAGGAUUUUGUCAGUCCUCAGAAUUAUCAAUUAUUUUUAAUCGACCAGUUCAGGAAGGUUAUGACCCAUGUGGAACAGGUGGUACUUGAACCCUGGCCUUCGGCUCAGAGGUAGGGAUACUACCACUGCAUCACAAUAGCUGUCCUCAGAAUGAUAUGGUUAAUCUCAUUCACUGGAUGGGAUUAAAUGCAAUUGAUAUCGGACCACCCCGUCAAUUCGAGAACCAGUGAGAAACCCCCAUGUUGCAACUGAGAGGGAGCUCCACCUGAUGAAGGGGUUGGCCGCAGGCCCUCACUGAUGUUCAGUACACCAGGCUGGAAACCUCAUCAUCAAGAGCUCAAAGAUCAGUCGCUCUUCUUCAAAGGCGGUGCAAGAGUGGAAGGUGACUGCUGCUAGUAAUGCAUCCAAAGUGAGGCCUAGGAGCACUGAAGUAUGCAGGCCACAGACAAGUGAAGGGUGGGAUGGGAAUCAUAAGGUGAAUGGUGUAGGGUGUUUUGAGACCACUUUCUGUGACCAAACCCUGCCCAAUAAUGGGUCAUUUGAUAAGGAACCAAGUACCUUUUUUGAAAGAGGGAGGAACCACCUUGCAGCUCCCAGAAGACCAGGUUUGCCUGCUGACACCCUACAUGCAUGGGAAAGCCAUGUCACUUGUGGGCCAUCCCUGAGCCAUCAUUAAAUUCUAGUGGGUUCAUGGAUAAUUGGUGUGUGUUGGUACAGUAAUCAGACUAAACCAGCCGGCAAGUUUUUCUCCCCCCUCUAUGGCCCAUUCCCACCUCCAACUCCAAAUUCGCAGGAGAUUUUCCCACUGUUUGGAGCCAAAUGUAAGGCCUCUCUGGUUAUUAAGUGGGCCUAGUCACCAUGCUCCUGCCAUGAUGGGCUCCAUUAAAUCCAGCCCACUGUGUGUUCACAUGAGUGGGUAAUUCAGUAUAGAGGAGUACCAAUCACAUAUUUGAUUUUAUUGCCGUGUUCUUUGUGAGAUAUUAUUUGCAGGCAGAUAGUUCAGAGUUUUCAAAAAAAAAUUGGAUCCAAUUUUAAAAACAUUGAAAUAUUCAUAGUUCACCACUAGUACAGCUGCCUUGUAAAUACUUCGUGAAUAUUUCUUUCAUAAUUAACAUUCUUUUACAAUUAUCAGUAUAAAAAAUGAGCUUUAUUAACACUAUGGAUAGAAUGUCGCAUACCAAAAGUUAUUUUUCUACAUUCUUGAAGUAUCUUUGUACUUAUUGCCCAGAUGAUAAGAUUUGAUCUAUUUCUUCUGUAAUUCUUUUUUAAAGGUUUUAUUAAUAGAAUGUUUAACUUAUAAUUCCUUUAAAGCUAUGCUUUUUAAGUAAUAAGUGUUCAGAAUGGACUUCCAUAAUUUAAGGCUUUGAUGUUUUGCAAUGAUUGUUUGAAAAAAAAGUCAGAGACUUGCAAUUUGUUUGAUCUGUACACAUAAAAAGGAUGAUGAGAAACAUUUGCUGCAUGUGUUUGUUAUUCUGUAUAAUUCAUGUAGUAAGUUCCAUGUGGAUUGGAUUCAUGGAAAAAUACGGUAUUAUCAAAUAAAGAUUUAUUACAAUA